UCCGGUUAGCGCAGGUUAGCUUUACAGUAUUCUUCUUGAUAGCCCCCAGCUAGCAGGUGUCGCUAGGUGGGUUUAGGUAGGGCAAAGGAAAAAUAUAGUACAGGUUGAAAGGAGUUCUGGUCAGUUCUAACCGCAGAGGGCCGGUGAAAAGGUGGACUCUCUCACCGAGGGCCUGGCUGGACCUGUCAGCUCCCCUGAACUAGCCUGCUUGCUAUUCAACUUGAGUACAAAGUGAAUGGCUGAAGGCUCCUCAGACCCACCUGACCUCAAUCCAGAUGGUACGCCGCAUCACAAGCAGCAUCACCACAGCUCUAGGAGAGCCCGACCCAGGCCUAACAACGACAGAAACCCGAGCGGUUACAGCUAUGAUCCGUCUCAACAAUAUGGAAACUUUCAUCAAGGUUUCAAACACGCAUUUGGCCAAAAUAAUUCAAAUUAUGCUGAGUAUAACACUGUUCCCUAUCCUGAAGGGGAUGCAGCCAAGAGAAAAGGUAGAGGAAGAGGAUGGAGAGAAGAAAACAGAUGCUUAAGUGGAAAUUUUGGAGGUUCUGGCCACUGGCAGCAAAAACCUGGUAGAGAGUUAGGUUCUUUUGGUGCAGGCAACAGAUGUGCUGGUUCCAUGGAUGGACCUGAUGUGCCGAGUUGGAGAGAAAAUGGGAACAGGGAUCUGCAGCUAACCAAUAAAGAACAAGAGGCUCAAGUUAAAAAAGCAAGAAACACCGGCCAGGAGCAGAGGAAGGGAGAAGAAAAUAAGAAAAAUGAUCAUACGUCCAUACCAGAUCAAAGAUCUCAUGCUACCAGAGAAGAAAGCACCCAUUCAGAGACUACCAAAAGAGCUCAACCGAGCAGGCCAGGGGGCAGACCUCAAAUGUACGAUCAACAGAGGAAAAACGGGGACGGGAAGCAACGACGCGGACCAAUUAAGCCUCCAAAAGCACCGUCUCAUGAGGAGGUGGACUCAAAGAGAGGGGCUGGUGGCCAGGAUGGCUGUGAACAUGGCAGAUCAUCUCAGAAUCCUGCCUGCAAAGCUGGAAAAGUCUCAGGGCCUCAGAAACCUUUUCAGGGAAGAGGAGGGAGAAGGACGGACUUUCAGAACAUCAACUCGGGUCAGAAGAUCUCGGAAAAAAUGCCAAAAAGCAAAGAAACACAGACAGGGUGCCUGAUCGAACAGCUGUCCGAGGAGAAGUACGAGUGCAUGGUGUGCUGCGACGUCAUCCGGGUCAUGGCCCCCGUGUGGAGCUGCCAGAGCUGCUUCCACGUCUUCCAUCUGAACUGCAUCAAGAAGUGGGCUCGAUCCCCGGCCUCGCAGGCAGACGAUUCGUCUGAAGGUUGGCGUUGUCCUGCCUGCCAGAAUGUUGCACUGAAACACCCGACCGCCUACACCUGCUUCUGUGCUAAAGUGACGAACCCUGAGUGGCAGCGCAGCGAGAUUCCCCACAGCUGCGGUGACAUGUGUGGGAAGAAGAGGAGCGGACUGGACUGCAACCACCCCUGUAACAUCUUGUGCCAUCCUGGACCUUGUCCUUCAUGUCCUGCCUUUGUCACCAAAACCUGCGUCUGUGGGAAGAUGAGUCAGCCGAUGCGCUGCGGCCAGGCCUCGGUCCUCCAGUGUGACAAAGUCUGUGGGGCUUUACUCAACUGUGGUGAACACUGUUGCAUGCAGGUGUGCCACAGCGGUGCGUGUCAGCCCUGCCAGCUGCAGGUUCAGCAGGUUUGUUACUGUGGCGUUACCACUCGGACCGUCCCGUGCGGCACAGAUAAAGAGGGAUUUGAUGGCGCAGGACAUUUCUCCUGUCAAAAACUUUGCUCCAAGAUGUUGGACUGUGAAGCUCACCGGUGCCAGCAGGUGUGCCACCACGGACCGUGCCAGCCGUGCCCGCGCUCUUUGAGCCUGGUGAAAACGUGUCCCUGUGGUCAGACGCCACUGACCAAACUGCUGGAUCUAGGCUACUCUGAGCGACGAAGCUGCUCCGAUCCCAUCCCGUCCUGCGGAAAGACGUGCAACAGACCUCUGCCUUGUGGCUCCAAUGACACCAUCCAUAUGUGUCAGAAUUUGUGCCAUGAGGGGAGCUGCGGACCCUGCUCUCUGACCUCAACAAUCAGGUGCCGCUGCGGCUCCAUGACGAAGGAGGUACCAUGUGCAAAUAUUCAAAAUGAAGAUGAGCUCGUCUUCACCUGUGAGAGGCGAUGCAACAAGAAGCGCUCCUGUGGUCGACACAAGUGUGGAGAGCUGUGUUGUGUGAAGGUGGAGCACAGGUGCCCCAUGAUCUGUGGCUACAAGCUGAACUGUGGCCUCCACCGCUGCCAGGAGCCGUGCCACAAAGGGAACUGUGAGCCCUGCUGGCAGUCCAGUUUUGAUGAGCUGACGUGUCAUUGCGGCGCCUCUGUGUUGUACCCCCCGAUCCCCUGUGGCACAAAGCCGCCAGAGUGCAAAAACCCAUGCAUGAGAAGACACGAGUGUGACCAUCCAGUGUUUCACAACUGCCACAGCGAUGAGAAAUGCCCACCUUGCACAUACCUCACUCAGAAAUGGUGCAUGGGAAAGCAUGAGCAACGCAGCAACAUCCCGUGUCACCUACAAGACAUUUCCUGCGGUCUGACGUGUAAUAAGAUGCUGCCUUGUGAAAUGCACCGCUGCAAACGGCUCUGCCAUCGCGGAGACUGCCUGUCAGAGGACGGCUGCCAGCAGCCGUGCAUGCUGCCCCGUCCAUACUGCGGCCACCCGUGCUCUGCUCCCUGUCACAGAGGCAGCAGCUGCCCACGCACCACCUGCACUGCCAAGGUCGCGCUCCAGUGUGACUGCGGUCGAAGAAAGGAAAGUGUUGCCUGCACAGAAGCUGCCAAUUCUUAUCAGAGGUUUGCAGCCAUCGCGAUGGCCAGCAAACUGUCUGACAUGCAGCUCGGCGACUCUAUGGACAUCGGUCCACUCCUCACCAAGAAGGAGCAGAAACAGACGAGGCUGGAGUGUGAUCAAGAAUGCGCCACUUUGGAGAGAAACCGACGUCUGGCCGAGGCAUUGCAGAUAGACUCGUCCUCAGACCCCUUCAACGCUCGCUCAACCUCUGUUUACAGCGACACCCUCAAAGAGGACGGCAGAAAGGACCUGAAGUUUCUCUCUGAGGUAGAGGAAGAGAUCAAGAGUCUUGUUGACCUUGCCAAUAAGGGAAAACAGCCAAAGAGGAGCCACUGCUUUCCGCCGAUGAACAGGGAGCACCGGAAGAUCAUCCACGAGCUGGCCGAGGUCUACGGCGUCGAGAGCGUGAGCUACGACAGCGAGCCCAAACGGAACGUGGUCAUCACGGCCCACAAAGGGAAGUCAGCCUGUCCAAACUCAAGCCUGACAUCGGUGAUAGAGAGGGAGAAGGCUGCGAGGGCGCCUCCUCCCAUCGCUCAUAUCAAACAGCACAGCAGCAAGGCUGUGAGUGGAAGCACCUGGUCAAAGACUGUUAAAGAGGAGCCUGUGAUCGAUUAUUUUGAUGUUCAGGACUGAAGAAAUGAAGAGAAAACAUUCAGGAUCUGCUUCUUAACAUCAGCUUUCAUCUGACAAAAACAGUCUGAAACCUUUGUUCAGUUUUAUUGAUCAAAAACCUAUUGAAUCAUCUGGCUGCCCAAUCAAAUAAAGCGAUAUUUAGAAUCAUUGCAAAUGUGAUUGUUCAGUGUGCUCAGAUUUAUACAUGCUCAGUAGGAAUCUCUUUGGAAAUCUGUUUGGAUGCAUUUUAGUUGGAAGUAAAUUUAUUUUUAAGAGCGUUAAAUGUUUGUGUGAUACCACCUUCAGAACGCCGUGAUUUCUUAAAAACAGCAGGCGUUCUCUCUAGUUGUAGGUUCUCAAACCGUACGCCUGGCAUUUUUUCAGCAGUAAAAUAUCUUUUGUUCUUUUUGUUUGUGUUGGGCCAAGGCGGCUGUUGUAAAAACCUGUGUUGAUGGAGGGAGUGGGCUGCACUGUGGAAAGAAGGCUUUGUGGGAACCCAGCUAUGACCUAGAUGUCAGCAGCGCACUUUAUGAAAACUUCCUCAGUGAAAAGCUGGAAGCAUUUUGAAGGUCGGCCUGGUCCAGGCUGCCCGAGGACACUGUAGAGGGGGCAGUUGAUGUUUCAAAAUUCUUUUUUGAGGUUUUUUAAUGGCUGAGAUGGUUAAACAUAUUUUUGUUACUAAGUUGCCAACUGAAAUGAGGCCAGGUUUCAUUCACAUCCAGCUCAAAAAGAUCGCUGUUUACUCGAGUAAAUGUACCUGUACACAACGUGCAAAUAAAUCUGAGAAAACCAGCAA